GCAAGAGUAGAAGCAGCAAGGCAGAUUUGGGAGUUGUGAGCCUACGCUACAGGAAUACGCUCGGGCUUUGGGUUUCGGCAGUGUGGAAAGACCUUUCCCGUUCACACGUACUCUCGCUUUCCGUCGCGUUUGUCUUCUUUGCUAAUACAGAGAUGCGCUGAGAGCAGAGACCUGGCGCGGGGUGCCCGCAGCAGCCUCGCCGCGCCUCGCCGCCCGCAGCCCGGCUGGUAUGCGGUAGGGCAGUGCCAUGUAUUGGAAGAGCGACCCGAUGUUCGUCUGCAGGCUGGAGGACAAGGACCUUCCCGCGCUCGGCGGCCCCUCGGAGAAGGCGAGCCCCGCAGCGGCCGACGAGGACUCCUGCUCUUCCUCCGCCGCCCUGUCGCCCUCCUCCUCGCCGCGGUCCAUGGCCUCGGGCUCCGGCUGCGCCCCCAGCAAGUGCGUGUGCAGCAGCUGCGGCCUGGAGAUCGUGGACAAGUACCUGCUGAAGGUAAACGACCUCUGCUGGCAUGUGCGCUGUCUCUCAUGCAGUGUUUGCAGAACGUCUCUAGGAAGGCAUACCAGCUGUUACAUCAAAGAUAAAGAUAUCUUCUGCAAACUUGAUUAUUUCAGGCGGUAUGGCACCCGCUGCUCCCGCUGCGGGAGGCACAUUCAUUCUACUGACUGGGUCCGAAGGGCUAAAGGAAACGUGUACCACUUGGCAUGUUUUGCAUGCUUCUCCUGCAAAAGACAGCUUUCUACUGGAGAGGAGUUUGCUUUGGUUGAAGAGAAAGUCCUUUGUAGAGUACAUUACGACUGCAUGUUGGACAAUCUGAAAAGAGAAGUUGAAAAUGGUAAUGGGAUUAGUGUGGAAGGAGCAUUACUAACAGAACAAGAUGUUAAUCAUCCAAAACCAGCAAAAAGAGCUCGGACCAGCUUCACAGCAGAUCAACUCCAGGUUAUGCAAGCACAGUUUGCUCAGGACAACAAUCCAGAUGCACAAACGCUUCAGAAACUGGCAGAAAGAACAGGCUUGAGCAGGCGUGUUAUACAGGUGUGGUUUCAAAAUUGCAGAGCACGCCAUAAGAAACAUGUUAGUCCUAACCAUUCAUCUACUGCUCCUGUCACAGCAGUUCAGCCCUCCAGGCUGUCUCCGCCCAUGUUAGAAGAAAUGGCAUACUCUGCAUACGUACCCCAGGAUGGGACUAUGUUAACUGCUCUACACAGCUAUAUGGAUGCUCAUUCACCUACAGCUCUUGGACUCCAGCCUUUGCUACCCCAUUCAAUGACACAACUGCCACUAAGUCACACCUAAUUCCUUUCUGUCAGGGAUAUAAGCUAUUAAGGAUGUAACCUUAAGUCAUUUAUUGUGUAUUAAAAAUAUCAUUGGAAAGAUAUUAAUGUUAACUUUUUAUUUAACAUCUAAAGCAUUUUCAAGAUCAUUUUUGCUGCCCAGGUAUGUAAGUAUAUUUAGCCUGCAAGACACUUUUAUGGAUUCUGCAUAAAUAACUAUUGCAUUGUUUACAAGCCUUAUUAAACACCUUUUUGUAUUGUCUGGAAGUAGUCCACUCUAGUUAUGUGUGUGUUAAUUUAUUUGUCAUCAAAAGAGCACUUUGCCUAAAAGAAAGGACUGACAAUUGUGCAAAAUGUUUACAAUUCUUUGUGAAAUUGUAGUUUAUCAUUAGUUUGUAUCUGUAAGUUAUUGCUAAAAGUAUUACCUGUAUUUGAGUUGUAUACAGCCUAUAUGUUAAAGCUUAUUUCUGUGAGUUUACAAAAAUAAAUUUUGGUUGCAAAUAUUUUCAAAAUGAACUGAAUAAAGUUUCUGCUGUAGCAUGCCA